AUGGACUCUCUGGAUCACAUGCUUACAGACCCGCUGGAGCUGGGACCCUGCGGGGAAGGAAAUGGCACACGCAUCAUGGAGGACUGCAUGCUGGGUACCACCAGAGUCAGUCUGCCCGAGGACCUUCUGGAGGACCCUGAGAUCUUCUUCGAAGUUGUCAGCUUGUCUACGUGGCAGGAGGUGCUGACAGCUGCGCAGCAAGACCACCUAAAAAAAUUCCUGCCUCACUUUCCUGAAAACAACCGAGAGCACCAGAACAAACUCAUCUCUGCCCUGUUCAGUGGUGAAAACUUCCGUUUUGGAAAUCCACUGCACAUCGCCCAGAAACUCUUCCGGGACGGACACUUUAACCCUGAAGUUGUGAAAUACCGGCAGCUCUGUUUUAAGUCCCAGUACAAACGCUACCUGAGUUCUCAGCAGCAGUACUUCUACCGACUGCUCAAGCAGAUCCUCGCUUCCCGCAAUUAUUUGCUGGAUUUAGCUAGGAAAGGAGGCCCUGAAAUGACCUUAAGGAGAAAGCACUUCUCACCGACGUAUGACACAGAAGAACGAGACAGACGGACACAUCGACGCUACUUGAAGAUUCUGAGGGAAGUGAAAGAGGAGUGUGGAGAUACUACCUUAUCUUCUGAUGAAGAAGAAUUAUGUAAAAAAAAAUUUCUUUCUUUCUUUCUUUUAGAUCUGAGCUCUUGGCCUCCGAGUUCUCCAGCACGUUGUCCAAGUCCACCAGUUCCUCUGAGAGUGAUCCCCACGUUGUCAACCUUGGACAUGAAAACAGCAGACAAGAUAGAACUUGGGGAAAGCGAUUUGAAGAUGAUGUUGAAGAAACACCAUGAGAAACGAAAACGUCAACCUGACCACCCUGAUCUAGUGACGACAGACCUGACUCUUGAGGACAUUAUGACUCGAGUAAAUGCUGGCAGGAAAGGUUCCUUAGCAGCCUUAUUUGACCUUGCAACCCUCAAGAAAAAGGUGAAGGAAAAGGAAGAUAAGAAGAAAAAAAAGCUGAAGAUUAUUAAAUCCGAGGCGGAAGAUCUGGCUGACUCUCUUAGCAAUGCUGAUGGAAUCCCCACAAUGUCUCAGGAUCCUUCCCCCAUCCCUCUGUCAUCUGUCAAAGAGGAACCUCUUGAAGAGAUGAAGCCAUGCCUUGGAAUAAAUGAAAUAUCUUCCAGCUUCUUUUUCCUUCUUUUGGAGAUGCUGUUUCUGGAAGGACCUGCUACUCUCUCCGUGCUCGAAGAUAAAGUUCUAGAUUGGCAAUCUUCUCCUGCCAGCGCACUAAAUAACUGGUUCUCCUUUACCCCUAACUGGUCUGAACUGGUUUUACCCGCCUUGCAGUACUUGACAGGUGACAGCAGAGAUGUUUCUUCCAGCUUCUCACCUUUUGUUGAAUUCAAGGAGAAAACUCAGCAGUGGAAAUUGCUUGGCUCUUGCCAAGAUCAUGAGAAGGAAUUGGCAGCACUGUUUCAGCUUUGGUUGGAGACCAAAGACCAGAGUUUUUUCAAAGAAAGUGAAGACAGCUCAGAUGCCACAACACCAAUUCCCAGAGUAAGGACUGACUAUGUAGUCCGACCUAGCACUGGAGAGGAGAAACGCGUGUUUCAGGAGCAGGAACGUUACCGCUACAGCCAGCCCCACAAAGCUUUCACUUUCCGUAUGCAUGGCUUUGAGUCAGUUGUUGGUCCUGUGAAGGGCGUGUUUGACAAGGAAACCUCAUUAAACAAAGCCCGAGAGCAUUCUCUCUUGCGCUCAGACAGACCAGCGUAUGUCACCAUCUUGUCCCUCGUUCGUGAUGCUGCUGCUCGCCUUCCUAAUGGAGAAGGAACUCGUGCUGAAAUCUGUGAGCUGCUUAAAGAUUCCCAGUUCCUAGCUCCUGAUGUCACAAGUGCUCAAGUUAAUACUGUUGUUAGUGGUGCUCUGGAUCGAUUACAUUAUGAGAAGGAUCCCUGUGUAAAAUAUGAUAUUGGACGCAAGUUGUGGAUCUACCUGCACCGGAACAGGAGUGAGGAAGAGUUUGAACGGAUCCACCAGGCUCAAGCUGCUGCAGCAAAGGCAAAGAAAGCUCUUCAGCAGAAGCCAAAACCUCCAGCUAAAAUGAAGACUAGUAGCAAGGAGAGUUCUGUGAAAGCACUCCCCAGCAGCACGUCAGAGCCCAGUCAGCUGAGCCUUAGUGACUCCAGCAUGCCACCAACUCCCGUGACUCCCGUGACGCCAACCGCACCAGCAUUACCAGCAACGCCUAUUUCGCCCCCACCAGUGUCUGUGGUUAGCAAGAGUGUAUCUAGUGCUGGAUCGGAGCCAGCAAAACCCAGUCAAAGCGUUCUUCUGGUAUCGUCCCCUACCAUGCCACAGCUCGGGACGUUGCUUUCCACAGCCCAGAGUUCACAGACACAGCCUGGGCCGCAGCCACCUCCCACGCGGGUGGUAAGUCAUACCACCUCCUCAGGACUGCCGCAGGUCCGGGUGGUCACUGCCCAGUCAAGCCUCCCAGCUGUAUCUCAGCAAGCCCCGGUGGUAACCCAGCAGCAGCAACCUACGUCAGUGCCUCAGAUCCGCGUUCCAGCUACAGCCGCGCAAACCAAAGUGCUCCCUCAGGCUGUGAUGACUCUGCCGGUAAAAGCUCAAACCAGCCCAGUGCAGGUGCAAAGGCCAGCAAGCUCCGUGACAGGUCAGACAGGCAUCACUGUGACAGGACUGUCUGCAACGCCCAGUCCUGCUGUAAAGCCAGUAACCAGCUCUCCAGGCAGUUCUGCUACAAGCACCUCCUCUACCACUGUCAUCCAGAAUGUAGCUGGCCAGAAUAUCAUCAAGCAGGUGGCUAUUACAGGGCAACUUGGCAUGAAGACCCAGCCUGGAAGUGGCAUCCCACUCACAGCGACCAAUUUUCGGAUCCAAGGAAAGGAUGUGUUGCGCCUACCCCCCUCCUCUAUCACCACAGAUGCGAAGGGACAGACAGUGCUGCGUAUCACGCCGGACAUGAUGGCCACCCUGGCCAAAUCUCAAGUCACUACUGUCAAACUGACUCAGGACCUCUUCACAGCAGCUGCGGGAAGCAGCGCUAGUGGGAAAGGCAUCUCUGCAACAUUGCACGUGACAUCCAAUCCUGUCCAGACUGCUGAUUCCCCAGCCAAGACUAGCACGGCCACUACUGCUUCUUCCAGCCCAGCUGGAAGCACAGUGGUUAAAGUGACUCCUGACUUAAAGACAGCGGAACCAAGCUCUGCUUUCCGACUGAUGCCUGCUCUGGGCAUGACUGUGGCGGAUCAGAAGAGCAAAGCUGUCACUACAGUGGCAUCCACUGAGGCCAAGCCAGCUGCUACUAUAAGAAUCGUGCAGGGGCUGGGGGUGAUGCCGCCCAAAGCUGGGCAGACUAUUACGGUAGCUACUCAUGCUAAGCAAGCGCCCUCUUCCUCAGCAGUGAGCAUGCCUGGCACAGUCCAUACCUCAGCUGUCUCUUUACCAACCGUGAGUGCCACAGUGUCGAAAGCAGUUGCUGUGGCCUCGGGAGCAGCUGGGACUCCCAUAACUAUAGGCACAGGAGCCACUGCUGUGCGGCAGGUACCCGUCAGCACCACAGUAGUAUCUACAUCCCAGGCAGGGAAACUACCAACACGAAUAACAGUGCCUCUGUCAGUGAUCAGCCAGCCAGUGAAAGGCAAAAGUGUGGUGACUGCCCCCAUCAUCAAGGGCAACCUCGGGGCCAACAUCAGUGGAUUAGGUAGAAAUAUCAUCCUGACUACGAUGCCAGCAGGGACAAAACUGAUUGCUGGGAACAAGCCAGUGAGUUUUCUGACUGCACAGCAACUACAGCAGCUGCAGCAGCAAGGCCAGGCCACGCAGGUGCGAAUUCAAACAGUACCAGCCUCCCACCUCCAGCAAGGAACAGUAUCUGGCUCUACUAAGGCAGUUUCCACUGUGGUUGUGACAACAGCUCCAUCUCCAAAACAGACCCAAGAUCAGCUAUGAACACUGGUUUGAAAAUGGAUCGCUCUCCAAGAACUUCCCUGAGUUCAUUGUCAUCCUCCAUCCAACCACCCAAGACUACCUAACCACAGUCAUGGUUAGGGAUUGGACUGGAUUCGAUCAGGUUGCUUAUCUGGAGUCAGCAUUGUGAUGUCUAGGUAGAAAUUCCACAG